UCUCUCUCCUCUCUCUCUCUCUCUCUACAGUUUUAAUUCAACAAUUUUAUUUAUUUUUGAUGUAAAAGGGAAGAAAAGGCAAAACCAAACCCAAAACUUUCUCGCUGUCUCCUCCAUAAAUCCAUCCAAUUCCCCUUAAUUCACUCCUUGAUUUUUGUUCAAUUCCCUCCAGAUUUUCCUCUUAGAAUUUUUGAUCAUCCCACUUCUCUUCCUUUCAGCUGGAAUCUUAAUUUCCAACGAAAUCCCAGAAACCCAAUUCUAGGGUUUUGAUUCUUCUUAGGAAUCUUCGCUUUUGACAGAAGUAUUUCCAUAAUUCUCUGUUCUUUGAUUAUAUUAGCAAAGUUGUGGUGUGGGGGUUUCUGGUUUUACGAUUUGAGGAAGGAAGGUAUUCUUUCUAGAAUCGUGCCGUCGGAAAGAUGAGUUUUCAGGAUCUAGAAUCCGGCCGUGGGAAUGGAUCGAGAAGAGGGUACUUGAAUGGGAAGCAGGAUCCGACGCAGGCCGUGGCCUCCGGAAUAUUCCAGAUCAACACGGCCGUUUCGUCAUUCCAGCGCCUUGUGAACACCCUCGGUACCCCAAAAGACACACCGGAGCUCCGCGAGAAGCUGCAUAAAACUCGCCUACAUAUUGGACAGUUGGUGAAGGAUACAUCAGCUAAACUUAAGCAAGCUAGUGAAACAGAUCAUCAAGUUGAAGUCAGUGCAAGCAAGAAAAUUACAGAUGCCAAACUUGCGAAAGACUUUCAGGCAGUACUAAAGGAGUUUCAGAAGGCUCAGCGGCUUGCAGCUGAGAGGGAGACAGCUUAUACUCCUUUUGUUCCCCAAGCAGUUCUUCCUUCUAGCUACUCAGCUGGUGAUGCAGAUAUAAGUGCAGAUAAGAAUCCAGAACAGCGAGCUCUUCUUGUGGAAUCCAGGAGGCAAGAGGUUCUGCUGUUAGACAAUGAGAUUGCUUUUAAUGAGGCCAUCAUAGAGGAAAGAGAGCAAGGAAUAAAAGAAAUACAGCAACAGAUUGGUGAAGUGAAUGAGAUUUUCAAAGACCUUGCGGUACUGGUUCACGAGCAAGGGACUAUGAUAGAUGACAUUGGCUCCAACAUUGAGGGUGCUCAUGCAGCAACAUCUCAAGGAAAAUCCCAACUUGUCAAAGCUGCUAAGACACAGAGAUCCAAUUCAUCUCUGACUUGCUUGCUACUCGUGAUUUUCGGCAUUGUGCUUCUCAUUGUGAUUAUAGUACUUGCCGCCUGAUCAGAGAAUGCAGAAAGAUGGUGAAAGAAUAGAAGUGUCAUUUAUUGAUCUAUGUGGUGUUAAGUUCUUCUGUAAUACCAACAAAGCAGUGUGGCUGUUUGAAGUGUGUUGCUUCUUGAAUCGACAAGUUUUAUAUUGCUUGAAUACAGAUUUGUUUAUGUUUGAAGGGUGGUUGGUUUCAUCGUGUAAAUUCUGCCCCUCCUGCUUUCCUUUUCUAUCACGUGUCAUGGAUUGAUCGAUUGCUCCAAGUGUUAUUGUCAUACAUAAGUGUUCAUUGACUAGUUCUUUAAUCGGCAUGUGAUUCAAUGUUGGAAUGCACGGCAACAGUUUGAUGCUAAUUCGUCACCAGAUAUGUACAACAUCCGGUUAGUUACAUGGCCUGGCUGAAGGUUCAGCUACUUGUUUGUGGAUUUAGCGGUAGCAUGAUGGAAAUUCUGAUAAAAAGUUACUGCACGAGCAAAAGCAUUGUAUGACAUUUGGCAGCUAUUUGAUGAUA